AAACGUAUAUAUAAGAAUAAAAUUAAUUUAUUUAUUAAAUCCUCCGUUAAUUAUAUUAUAAAAUUUAAGUUUUUUAUAAUUUUCCGUAAGGCUUAUAAUAAAAUCUUUUUAAAUAAAAAUAUUAAAUCUAUUUUUUAUAAAGUUAGAAUUUUAUUAUAG